GCCCGCGCCCCGCGGCAGCUCCGCAGUGCUCUCGCCGCCGCCGCUCUGCCAGACCCGCUGCUCGUCCGCCCGCCCGCCGGUCCCGUCCGGAGCGAGCCUGGAGCGCGGGCCGAGAGGGUCAUGAGCCAGAGUGCCCCCGGGCGCUGCGGGGAGAGCAAGCGGAGAUAGCGGCCUCGGGUCGUCCGGCCCUCGCUGCCUCGUCCUUGCAUCCCCAGCUCCUUCUGUACUCCCCUGAGCCCCCUCGGGCUCGGCCGCCGCCAUGGCCACCCUACUCCGCAGCAAGCUGUCCAAUGUUGCCACGUCGGUAUCCAACAAGUCCCAGGCCAAGGUUAGCGGCAUGUUUGCCAGGAUGGGCUUUCAGGCGGCCACGGACGAGGAGGCGGUAGGCUUCGCGCACUGCGACGAUCUCGACUUUGAGCACCGACAGGGCCUGCAGAUGGACAUCCUGAAAGCCGAGGGUGAGCCCUGCGGGGAUGAGGGCGCUGAACCGCCCGUCGAGGGAGACAUCCAUUAUCAGCGCGGCGGCGGCGGCGUGCCUCUGCCGCCCUCGGGCUCCAAGGACCAGGCCGUGGGGCCUGGUGGCGAGUUCGGGGGCCAAGACAAGCCCAAGAUCACAGCGUGGGAGGCGGGCUGGAACGUGACCAAUGCCAUCCAGGGCAUGUUCGUGCUGGGCUUGCCGUAUGCCAUCCUGCAUGGCGGCUACCUGGGGCUGUUCCUCAUCAUCUUCGCCGCCGUUGUGUGCUGCUACACCGGCAAGAUCCUCAUCGCGUGCCUGUACGAGGAAAACGAGGACGGAGAAGUGGUGCGCGUGCGGGACUCGUAUGUGGCUAUCGCCAACGCGUGUUGUGCCCCACGCUUCCCCACGCUGGGCGGCCGCGUGGUGAACGUGGCACAGAUCAUCGAGCUGGUCAUGACAUGCAUCCUAUACGUAGUGGUGAGUGGCAACCUCAUGUAUAACAGCUUCCCGGGGCUGCCAGUGUCGCAGAAGUCCUGGUCCAUCAUUGCUACGGCCGUGCUGCUGCCCUGCGCCUUCCUCAAGAACCUCAAGGCCGUGUCCAAGUUCAGCCUGCUAUGCACUCUGGCCCACUUUGUCAUCAACAUCCUGGUCAUCGCCUACUGCCUAUCGCGGGCACGUGACUGGGCCUGGGAGAAGGUUAAGUUCUAUAUCGACGUUAAGAAGUUCCCCAUAUCCAUUGGCAUUAUUGUGUUCAGCUACACAUCGCAGAUCUUCCUGCCUUCGCUCGAGGGCAACAUGCAGCAGCCCAGCGAGUUCCACUGCAUGAUGAACUGGACUCAUAUAGCUGCCUGCGUGCUCAAGGGCCUCUUCGCGCUCGUCGCCUACCUCACUUGGGCCGACGACACCAAGGAGGUCAUCACGGAUAACCUGCCGGGCUCCAUCCGCGCCGUAGUUAACAUCUUCUUGGUGGCCAAGGCGCUCUUGUCUUACCCGUUGCCUUUCUUCGCUGCUGUCGAGGUGCUGGAAAAGUCGCUCUUCCAGGAGGGCAGCCGCGCCUUCUUCCCCGCUUGCUACGGCGGCGACGGGCGCCUCAAGUCCUGGGGGCUGACGCUGCGUUGCGCGCUCGUUGUCUUCACCCUUCUCAUGGCCAUCUACGUGCCGCACUUCGCGCUGCUCAUGGGCCUGACAGGCAGCCUCACCGGCGCGGGCCUCUGCUUCCUGCUGCCCAGCCUCUUCCACCUGCGCCUGCUCUGGCGCAAGCUGCUGUGGCACCAAGUCUUCUUUGACGUCGCCAUCUUCGUCAUCGGUGGCAUUUGCAGCGUGUCCGGCUUCAUACAUUCGCUGGAGGGCCUCAUCGAGGCCUACCGAACCAACUCGGAGGACUAGAGUUCCAGGGCGCCCCGGCCACGCCCCCGCGCUCUCCCCCACCGUCUCAUCCACCCCUGCCCCCGCCUGCCCAACUCUCCUCCACCCUCCCUAGCCCCGUGCGCCCUGCCGCUGCGCUUGGGAAGCCAAGCUUGCAACAUCUCUGGUUCCUAGUUUCUGAUUAUUCGGGGAAUGGGGGGUGGGGGGAUCGGGAUCCAUGAUCCAUCCCGUCUGCGUUUCUGUUGUUCUGUCUUUUCCAUGACGCCCUGGUUUGGAUGAGUCGGGCGAAUUUGUGGGUAGAAUUUUCUGUCCUUCCGGGAGCUGUCCCAACGCUAGGGUCCCAGCCACCGGGGAGGGAGGGGAGGAAGAGGGGACACAGCUCGCAGGCGCGAAAACGACCUUGGGGGGACAUUUCACAACCAUCCAGUGCUCGGAAAUCUGCCGCGUCCAGUCUUUUCUAGCAAGAGCUCUUCCCAUUCCGGAGACAUUUCAAUCCUGCAGCGGGAAAGCCUAGCCGGGAAUUCCGUUUCUGGUGGGAGAUUUCCUCCAGUUAAACGGAUAGGCAAGAAGCCACAGGGGGCCAUCUUGCCUGCCUGUUUUCAGGAAUCCAAACUCAUCUUGUGCAAUUUAUCAGAUUGUGGAACUGUUCUACUGUGCGUGUGGUGUGUUCGUGGUGAUAAGAUGAAAUGUAUAUCAGAAAAAAAUCUAUCUCUAACUUAGAGUGCGGUGCAUAAUUAUAUCCGCAAAUAAAGAAGAAACAAAGGC